ACGUUGGGUUUCAAGAAGAAGAAAAAUGGAUAGUGGCAAGUACCACACUACACCCACAACGACUCUCUAAAUUUUCCUUUAACCAAGAAAACCAAACCAGCCUCACUGCGCAAAUCUCUGAACCUGUAAAUUCCAAUUCCAGUUUUAUGUUAUGGAAUUGUAAUACUUGUUCUCCUCCAUGGAAUCAAGCUCCGACGAUGACUUCGUUAUCCUCACUUGCACAAACCCCAAUCCGAUCGAAGCAGAAGCAGAAGCAGAAGCAGAGUCAGAGUCCAAACACAAAAAAGAGAUUCUCAUUUCAACCAAAGAUAUCCUAAGCUGGGACUUGAGCACGAUCCUCUGUUCCCAAACACUCCAAAUUCACGCUAAUCGGAAUAGGCUCAUUGAACAAUCUUCGUAUUUUCGAGGCCUCCUCCGUGGCAGUUUUAGUGAAUCACACCUGGAUUGCAUAUCAAUUCAGUGGAGCCUGGAAACAUUUGUGGAUGUUCUGAAGUGCAUAUAUGGCUGCCCAUUGCAUAUUACGCCAAAUAAUUUCAUUCCUCUUUUUGAGGGUGCACUUUAUUUUGGGGUGGAGAUGCUUCUCUUGAAGUGUAAAACUUGGUUUUCUGAGGUAUCUUCUUCUGAGGGGUCUGCGUCACUGCGAUUACAAUUGGAUGAUUUGAUUCAUAUUUGGAAAUUUGGUUUAGAGUGUGCAAAUGAUUUUCUUCCGGAAUUAUGUGUGAGCUUUCUUGCAAGGAACUUUAUGUGGGCCAUGUCUAGCAAACUUUUUGGAGAUGUUCCAUACCAUUUGUUAUUAUCUUGCAUAGAGCACCCCCAUUUGACAGUUGACAGUGAAAUGCAUCUUUCGGAUGCACUUUUAGUUUGGGUUGAUGCUAAUGCCAAACAGUUGGAAAACUUCAUCUUAACUAGCAAGGAUUGUCACGGCAUCUUUAGACAAAUCCGCGUUAGCCUUUUGCCAUUGUGGUUUGCUGCAGGUAUGCUCAAUUUUCUGGAUGUUUUUCUUAAAGCACUGGAAGAUAUUUACUCAUGUUCUUCAUCAAAUUCAUUAAUGAUACAAGUUGAUUGGUUUCAUAAUUCAGGGAAAAGAAGGUCUUGCCAUUUCUCUGAGCUUUCUAAGGAGAGUGUUGACUCAAUUUUUAAACUAAUGAGUGUUCCACCCAUAAAUUCCAUGAAUGGCUUAGGAGAUGGUGACUUGCACAAUCUCAGGGUUCGGCUGACAGAAUAUUCUAAGAAGGUGAACCUUUCAGGUUGUCCACAGAUAACCUUAGCGAUUCUUCUCUUGUCUCUGCUUCCUUCUUCAUAUAGCAUAGACCCCACCUUAAGAAAGAGUGUUAAAAAUUUUACAAUGAACUUUGGGCGUCUUGAGAGAGAACAAUGUCCAAUUUCAAAGGGUUUGCCGAUGCUAUCAUUUGAAUUGGUACAGGAGGUAGAUAUUUCCAAGUGUCCAAGGCUGCAUCUUGAAGCGGCUAUUACAUGCUUCAGCAAGUCAUUUCCUUCUAUAAGAACAUUAAAAGCAGCUUAUCUUUUGAACUUCAAGACAACAACUUUGCAUCAAUUGGUGCAGAAAUGCCCUCUGCUCUGUGAAGUUGACUUAACCAUUGAUAUUAGUCCUCUUAUACCAGCACAAGUUUCAGUUGCAUCCUCAAGUGCAGCUAUUGCUCCGCUACUAUCAAACAAGUCUGUCAGUGUUAGAGAACAUCCUGAGGAUGUUUUAUCAUUAAAGAAGUCUGGACUAUUAUUGUCAAAUAUUACAAAACUCACGCUGGAGGGCCGAACUGAUCUCUGUGACUUGGAUCUCCAGUAUAUUUCAAAAUUUUGUCCUUCCUUGCAUGAUCUGAACCUGAAAGGGUGUAUAUCGGUGACAGAUGUUGGCAUUUCAAAUCUUAUAUGCAAUUGUAUGAAACUACAUUCAAUUGUAGUAUGCGAUACUUCUUUUGGGAAAAAUUCAGUUCUAGCUCUUUGCUCUGGUAUUUCUUCUAAUUAUGGUAACUCUUCGGCUGAUGAUGUGGGAUGGAAUUGUAAUUCUUUGAUAUCUAAUCUCCAAAAGCUGCAUAUUGGUGGCUGCAAGAGUGUUGACGAAACAUCUCUCUUAGAGCUUCUGUCUCAAACAAAAAUGCUGAAGAGUCUUUGCUUGAGGGAUACUCAGCUUGUUGACCAAGCUUUGCAUUGUUUCUCAGGUUCUUCAUUGGAGACGCUUGAUAUUUCUAAUACCAUGGUUUCUGCAGCUGCAUUAGCUCACGUAGUCCAUGGAAAUCCAGGUUUAAAGUGCUUGAAUGCAAGGGGCUGCAGAAAUAUAUUUCGACAGGAAAGUAACACCUCAGGGGGAGAAAAUUAUUACUUGUAUAAAGAUUUGUAUCUUGAGUUAGGCAAUUGCAAAUUGGUAGAAAUUUCUUUAGGAUGGGGAUUUUCUUAUCUCUCUCUGGAAGCUCUCCAACCUGCGAUUAUGUCACUAAGGUCAAUAACUGUGGGUUUAGGUGGAUCAUUAAGUGAAGAUGCACUGAAACAACUACCUGCAGCUUGUCCUAUGCUAGAGUCAGUAAUUCUUCAUUUUCAGGUCAUCUCGGAUACUGUCAUAAUGAACAUCUUGGCAUAUUUGAGAAAUUUGCGAGUGUUGGCAUUGUGCUAUUGCCUUGGUGAUAUAUCUAUGUUAAGCUUCAGCCUUUCUAUGCAAAAUCUGAGGAAGUUGAGGCUUGAAAGAGUAACCCCUUGGAUGACCAAUAAUGAUUUAGUUAUUCUGACUCAGAAUUGUGCAAACUUGGUUGAGCUUUCCUUGCUGGGAUGUAAGCUUCUCAAUUCAGAUUCUCAAAAGAUUAUCUCACAUGGAUGCCCAGGCUUGAUUUCUAUCCAUCUAGAGGAAUGUGGAGAAGUCACAGCUAAUGGGGUUUCUUCUCUACUCGAUUGUGCAGCUAUUGAAGAUCUGUUGCUGCGUCAUAAUGGUCCUGGGAUACAGAAAACCUUCAUUUUUGAUGCUGCUUCAAAGUUACCAAUGCUUCGGAAGAUAUCUCUAGAUGUGUGUGAUGCAAGUGAAGGUGACUUUGACAUUCCAGAUUAUGCUGAAAAGUGCUUUUUGAGUACUGUGAAGAUAGCAAGAUGCAAGUCCCAGAGAUGUAAUUUUACCCUUUCAGCUCAUAGAACGCCUGUGCACGAGGAAACACUAGUGCUGGUUUGGAACAGCAAGAAUCUCUUGAGAACAGUGGUGAAGGAAAGACUCUAACUAUUGACACUGAUAUGGAGCCUCCAUUAAAUAAUUUGGUAAUGUCACACGACUUCUCUUCAAGGCAUAGAAAAUGGGUAUCACCAAUGAUUCACUUUUUGACACUACAAUUGUACAUUGUUACAAGAAGUUUGUUUCAGAUGUUAUAUGUUAGGAAUUUUUGUAUACUGUAUACUUGAUGUCCUUGAUACUUAAGCUGAUUGCAGUUGUCCUUUGCAUGAGCCAUGAGGUGAUGGUCCAAGAAAACAAUAUGAAUUUUGUAGUUUGUUCAUUGUAGAUUCCCUAA